GGGAGCCUCUGUACCAUGUCAUAUCCUCAGUUUGGAUACCCUUACUCUUCUGCACCCCAGUUCCUGAUGACCACCAAUUCCCUGACAACUUGCUGUGAGUCUAGUGGCAGGACUCUGACAGAUUCAGGCGCUGCAGCCUCGGCUCAGACCCCAGUCUAUUGUCCUGUUUACGAAAGCAGGCUGUUAGCCACAGCCAGACAUGAGCUCAAUUCUGCAGCUGCCUUAGGAGUCUAUGGAAAUCCUUACACAAGUACCCAGGGCUAUGGAAACUACGUUACCUAUGGUACUGAAGCUUCUGCCUUCUAUUCUUUGAACAGUUUCGACGCGAAGGAUGGGAGUGGAUCUGCGCAUGCGGGCAUUACCCAGGCGGCUGCCUACUAUCCCUACGAUCAUACACUCAGUCAGUAUCAAUAUGACAGAUAUGGCACCAUGGACGGAGGCACCCGAAGAAAAAACGCUACUCGUGAAACCACCAGUACACUGAAGGCAUGGCUGCAGGAGCACAGGAAGAACCCCUACCCCACUAAGGGCGAGAAGAUCAUGCUGGCCAUCAUCACCAAGAUGACCCUCACGCAGGUCUCCACCUGGUUUGCCAAUGCCCGGAGGAGGCUCAAGAAGGAGAACAAGAUGACCUGGCCUCCAAGGAACAAGUGUUCCGAUGAGAAGAGAUCCUACGAAGAGGAAGAGGAGGAAGAGUCACAGGAAGACAAUAUGAAGAACGAGAAAAACGAUGAGGCCACCAGCAAAGAAGAAAAAGAGCUGGAACUGAGUGAUUUGGAUGACUUUGACCCCAUUGAGUCGGAGAGUUCAGAAUGCGAAUUGAAACAGCCUUUCCAGCAUCUGCAGAGCAGCCAGAUGAGGGCAGCCGACACAUGUGCUACUGAUCAUUGCAAGGAGCCUUCUCUAAAGACGCCCAUCCCAGCGGCCACCAUUGAAGAAGACCUGGAGAGGGCUAAAAACUGUCUCAAGAAUGUGGUGGACGAAUGUGAGCAAGACUUAAUCAAUGUAAGGCAGAGAAGCUGUGAGUCCAAAAUGUGUUUCCAGCAGGGGCAACAAAUAUUGGAGACAAAGCCCAGGAUUUGGUCCCUGGCUCACACUGCCACUUCUCUAAACCAAACUGAGUAUCCUUCCUGCAUGCUGAAACGCCAAGGAGUCUCCUCUUCCGUUGCAGUUUCCGCUCCUGUUAGUGUCAUUGACAGACAUCAGGAUUCCCCAGUCACCAAUCUCAGGAACUGGGUGGAUGGGGUGUUUCAUGACCCCAUAUUCAGACACAGUACUUUGAACCAAGCUUUGAGCAACACAACAGUUUCCUGGGCUACCACCAAAGGGGCCAUUCUGGAAACGGGAUCUUUAGGACGCUCAACUGGGAACAGUACUAACGUGCUAAAAGGCCAACUGUCAAACUUGUCCCACCAGGACUCAAAUAAAGAAUUUCUUGCAUUUCCCAAAUCAGGAAGCAAAAUGUUUUGUUCUUAA